AGUGAGAGAGUCCAGUUACGGAGUGAGAGAGUCCAGUUACAGAGUGAGAGAGUCCAGUUACGGAGUGAGAGAGACCAGUCAGAGAAAACAGAUGACAAAAUACAGUUACAGGAGCGUAAUAAUGCCCUGACUAAAGACAGGGACAUGUUGAGAGACAGGGUCAGUGUUCUGACCAAUGAGAAGGUGGCGCUGGAGAAGAGGCUCUCUGUGAGUGAGCUAAAUAUUUGUCCGAAAAUCUGCAAUUGUUGUCCGGAGGGUUGGAUGCUGUUGGGAUCCAGCUGUUACUUCCUGUCGACUCAGCAGAAAACCUGGGAACAGAGCAGACUGGACUGUCUGAACAGAGGAGCAGACCUGAUGAUCAUAAACAGCAAGGAGGAACAAAAGUUUCUCUGUGGCCUCAACAAGAUUGUCUGGAUUGGUCUGACUGACUCCGUUACUGGGAGGACACGGAAAUGGAUGCAUGGCACACCACUGACCACGGCAAGCUAUUGGAGGAGUGGAGGCCCUUAUGGUGGUGGAGUGGAGAACUGUGUGGUUGUACGUUACUGGUCAUCAGGAUACAGAAAAGGGUGGGACUAUCAGUGUUCAAAUCCACAGUUCUGGAUCUGUGAAAAAGGCCUCUUGUAGGUACUGCUGUUUAAGGAACUCUGAAGACGGAUUCUAUAUUUUGUUAGAAUGGCACUCUGAACUAGACUUUGGAAAGAAAGGCACACACACACACACACACACACACACACACACAAGCAUGAACACAUACAAAACAAAUGAGGUAUAUAUCACCCAAUAGCUGCUGUCAAUGUUUAAAUGUACAGUUCAUUAUGUAGCAUUGCAUGUAGGCUGUACACAAUUCUCUCUCUCUACCGCUACCUUUCUCAUGUUGAUGGUUGUUUACACUGUUGAAAGGUUACGUGAUGAUUCCACCUAGUGGUUAACGUGAGAGAUGGACUCACCAUAGAGUUGAAAAAGUGGUAUUACAGACUGGCCUACUGGCUUUUCCUCAAUUCAUCCUUCCUCGAUUACUCCUCGCAUCCUCUCUCCUCCCCUCCUUCUCAAAACACAUUGGAGAAUACAUUCCUCGGGGAGGGACCUUCUCCUCUAAUACUGGUGAGGAGGAGAGGAUUUUAUGUUAAGAUUUAGAUGAGUGUGUAGACACACCACACUCUAAAAUGCUUGUAUUCAUUGUUUUUAUUAGCAACAUGUCAUGUGAUUUGCCAUGCUUCCGCUAAGUUCAUUAAUCAUUUUUCUCUAUUUUUUUCAUGAUCGAUUAUUAUCAUCAAUCCUUUUUAUAAUGAGAAGAACAAAGGCACAGAUUAAUAAAUAAAUGAACAAUGUC